AUGCUAAUUGACUGUGGUUCACCUUCAGUUCUUAUUAGAGAUGACCUUGCCUCCACACUACACCUCCACCAUUUCAAAUUGCGCAAGCUGUUCCCUCUUGGAGAUGCGUGGGGUGCAGGCGAACAAGUAUCGCAUGAAUGGGUUAAAUUACGUGUCUCUUCAGCUGAUUCCUCCUGGACCUCUAUCACUUGUCAAGCAAUCAUUGUGCCCUCAUUAUGUGUACCUGUACUUCUCGGUAACCUGUUCCUUAAAUUCAAUCACCUCAUAAUCGACCUCGAACAUCCCUCCAUCAUUGAUAAGCGCACCAACUUCGACUUGUUACACCCACCCUCCAUCUCUCCCCCAUCCGUUCUUCUUCCACCCCGUGAACGUCGCAAUGCCACAGCCGAAGAUUCCGAACUAAUCGCCCAUCAUCAGCUCGCCCUACACCGUGACAUUAUGUGUGACCUUCUCCUCAAUACUCCACCUGUUCCCCCAAUCACAUCCUCCUCCAUCUCUGUUAUUGCCUCCAUCUGUGAAUGUGUUGAAGAUCUUGCGUUCCUCGCCACAUUAACACAUGAGAAUGCGGAUAUGAAAUCCCGCUUUGCAGACCUUUUUCCUCUCGACAUUCCGAAUCUCGAGGAAUUACCAACCAAUGUCUACCACCAUUUCCGUUUGAAAGAUCCAAACCUCAUUAUCACUCGAUGCCAAUAUGAUUGCCCAAAGAAAUAUCGUGAAGCAUGGAAAAUGCUUCUACAGCAACAUUUGGACGCAGGCCGUAUGCGGCCCUCAUCCUCCCCGUAUGCUUCCCCUUCUUUCCUCAUUCCAAAGGCCGAUCCCACGGCUUUGCCAUGUUGGGUCAAUGAUUAUCGCGUGCUGAAUGCUAACAUCAUUCCUGAUGUUUACCCUUUACCGAGCAUACAGGAAAUUUUGUCCGAUUGUGGCAAAGGUACAAUUUGGGGUAAACUCAAUAUGACUAAUUCCUUUUUCCAGACCCACAUACACCCAGACGAUAUCCCUUACACUGCAGUUACCACUCCUUUCAGUUUGUGUGAAUGGACAGUGAUGCCUCAAGGGUGCCGCAACGCCCCAGUGAGCCAUCAAAGUCGCAUAUUCAAAGCACUGCGUCCCUACAUCGGCUCCAUUUGUCAUGUAUACCUCGAUGACAUUAUUAUCUGGUCAUCCUUGCUGGACGAACAUUGA